GAUACCCAAUUCAUAUUUUCCCCUCCUCAAACUUAGAUUUGUAUCAGUUUCCUGAUUCAUGAGUGAAUCAGGUUUUGUUCUGUUUUGUCAUUUUUGAUAGUAAUAGUUCAAAUGACCGACUUAUGUCAAGUCUAAAAACUUUUCUAAAAGUUUCCGAAAUUUGCGGGAUCGAACAAGAAUACAAAUUUUGACCAUGGGAAAUGCUAAUGAAUGCCUGAUCUGAUUCCUUAACUAGUGUGGUUUGCGAAGUUGCUAUUGCUGAGAACAUUUUCUUUCCCAAGUAUAUAUGUUUUUUGAAAAUUGAAUCACAACUUUGUGUUUUAUAAAUAAGCAUUAAUUUAUGGUGAAUCAGCCUUGAAAAUGGUGGGAUCAAAAGUUACCUUUUUGUCACAUGUGGAUAGACUUGUAUAUUCAACUCUUUUGACUAAGUGCAUCUUUUUUGAAACUUCAAAGUUCUUUUUUGGAAAACAAAGUUAGGUUGCAUGUAUGAUGGGAUUUGUAUUUAAUGGUGCCUAUAUAAAUUGGGUUGUUUUGAAUGGAUAAUUAGAUUUUUCUUUAAUAUUCUUUUACAACCAUACAAGUGAAGAAGGUGGGAAGGGGCUAAUUGACUCAUGGAACUUUCACCAUUUGGAGUUCCUCUUCUUCCUCUGGGAUGUUGGUUAUCAAUAAGGAAAGAAGUAGAGAUAUUGAAGGAUGGAUUUCUAGGAUGUCUGAGUUUCUUAAUCAGAAAUCUUCUAUACAAGGAAAGGUUCCUUCAGGCUAUCUUAACACAAUUUUUGAUUUGACUGGAGACUGGCUUCAUGAUGCUGCAGACACCAAAAAUCUUGCUUUUGAUAGUUACUUUAUUUCGUUAUAUCAUUUACACCUUACAGCAUCUCCACUUGUUUUACAUGAUAGUGUUAAGAAAUCUGUUCCAUCUCACUGGGAUCCAGAAGCAUUGUCAAGGUUCAUACAGACAUAUGGGACGCACAUAAUAGUCGGAAUGGCUGUUGGAGGUCAAGAUUUGCUAUGUGUCAGACAGAACUAUUCCUCUGCAAUUCCUCCUUCUGAGCUCAGGGGGUAUUUGGAGGAUCUUGGAGAUGUUAUGUUUUCAGAUGGGAAAAGCCCUUCAUUACUGCAGAGAAAAACAAGAGAUGGCAAACAAAAGGUACCCGAGGUCUUUAACCACAUAUUCAAGUCAAACUCCUUGCAGCUGGCCAGCAUUGCGGAAACAUCAAGCAAAGAUGGACUCACUAUCAUUUCCUCAAAAAGGGGAGGAAAUGUGGUCUUGCGUAGUCACUCCAACUGGCUCCAGACUGUACCUACUAAACCAGAAGGAAUUUUGUUCAAGUUUGUACCAAUCACUUCUCUUCUGACUGGGAUUCCAGGAAGUGGGUAUCUUAGCCAUGCGAUCAACUUGUAUCUUCGUUACAAGCCUGCUCCAGAGGACUUACGUUAUUUCUUGGAGUUUCAAGUUCCACGACAAUGGGCUCCUAUGUUCUGUGAACUGCCUCUUAGGCAUCAGAGGAAAAAAUCUUCUUGCCCUUCCCUGCAAUUCGCUUUCCUGGGUCCUAAGAUACAAGUCAGCUGUGCACAGGUUUCAAGUGAUCUAAAACCAGUAGUUGGUCUUCGUUUGUACUUGGAAGGAAAAAAAUGCAACCGAUUGGCAUUACAUGUGCAACAUCUCUCAAGUCUUCCAAAUAUGAUGACAACAUCCGGCAGGCCAUGCCAAUGGCGAGGUUCAGACGACUAUAGGCCCAGCGAUCAAUUUUUAGAGCCAGUCAGGUGGAAGAGAUACUCAAAUGUUUGCACAUCUGUAGUUAAGCAUGAUCCUAACUGGUUGCAAGAAGUCUCAAGUGGUGUUUUUAUUGUAACUGGUGCACAGCUUCUUUGCACAGGGAAGUGGGCAAAGACGGUUUUGCAUCUCCGUCUGCUGUAUACUCAUAUACCCAACUGCACUAUCCGGAAGACUGAGUGGGCAGUUGCACCUGAAACUACUCGUAAGGCCAAUUUCCUUACAAAUCUUAGUACAACUUUUACUUUCACUCAACGGACAGUCAACGAACAACAAAAGCAAGCUCCAACUGCACUUAAUUCAGGUGUAUAUCCUGAUGGUCCACCUGCACCAAUUCGCUCUAAAAAACUACUAAAAUAUAUGGACAUGUCUGAGGUUGUGCGUGGUCCACAUGAUGCUCCGGGACAUUGGUUGGUAACUGCAGCCAAGAUAGUCAAUGAGGGUGGUAAGAUUAGCUUGCAAGUAAAGUUUGCAUUGUUGGACUAUCCAUGACCAUCGGCCUCUAUUGUACAUAUAGAGUGUGAUCGAUAUAUAUAUAUACACACAUAUAUAGGUUGAAUUUAUUUUUGGUUUGAAUCUCUUUGUACAAGUAGAGAGUGGUGUAGUUAUAUCCAAAUUUGAGCCAUUCUGACCACCUAAGCUGCAGCCCAAAGUCGAGAAAUGAUUAUUGUCAUUGAUUUGUUUGCUUAUAA